CCCCCACUUCCUUUGUGCUGCCUCUUCAGCUAUUUUCUCAUUGCAGAAAGCAGAUAAGGAUGAAGGCAGAAGAAUGUUGGAUUUCUGGAUCAUUACUUUGUUUCCAUAACGGGAAUGUGCCCAGUGCACUUUGCUCGGCUCAUUAGGGUACUGCACUGCACGGCAGACAAUCAGCAGAUGUUUUUAUAUUAAAUCUUGCCUGAAGGAAGACAGAGCUGUGACAAAGUGAGGGUGGAACUGCAGGACGCACCAGGAGGGCCUGGGAGUCACUGGGCAGAAGAUGUCAAAGCAGGCCUUUCUUCACUGAAUAUUCUGCCACUGGACUCCUUUAUCUCUGCUGUAACUCCUCUCUGCACCACAUAAUGCGUGGUGUUUAAUAUGAAAUGCGCUGUGUCUCCACGCAUUAUUUCCAUCCUGCUGCAGUCUGAAUGAUCAUUUCUGGUCCGGCAGAGCACUAAGCACAAGAUGUCUGAUCCCUGUAAGUGUUCAUCUGGAUUUUUUUCCCACUGCCCGAAAAAUCUUCGUUUAUCAUGAGGACAUUUAUGAUAUCCCGGAUUCCUCAGUGCCUGCAGAUUCUGAGGUCGCCUUCCAGACUUUUCCAUGGAUGUAACAGGCUUCUUACAUCCCGGAUUAUUUCAUAUUAUGACUCUGUAAACCGGUGUGAAAAGGAACUACCCAAAUACUUCAACUUUGCAAGUGAUGUCUUGGAUGAGUGGUUGCAACUGGAAAAGGAUGGAAGGCGACCAGCAAAUCCAGCUUUUUGGUGGGUAAAUGAUGAAGGGGAGGAGGUGAAGUGGAGCUUUGAAGAGCUGGGAUUUCUGUCCAGGAAAACAGCUAACGUACUUUCUGAGGCAUGUGGUUUGCAGAGAGGAGAUAGAGUUCUGGCAGUUCUGCCUCGCAUCCCUGAAUGGUGGCUACUGAGUAUAGCCUGCAUCCGGGCAGGAAUUGUCUUCAUUCCAGGAACAUCCCAGUUAACAGCCAAAGAUAUUCUAUACCGACUCCAGGCUUCAAAGGCCAAGUGCAUCAUUACCAACGAUACCCUGGCACCUGCAGUGGAAUCUAUCUUGCCUGACUGCCAGUUUCUGAAAGCGAAACUAAUUGUAGCGAAAGGGAACAGAGAUGGGUGGCUCAACCUCAGAGAACUCUGUGCGGUAACUUCUGCUGACCACAAAUGCGUUAAGACAAGAAAUGAAGACCCAAUGCUCAUCUAUUUUACUAGUGGAAGUACAGGCUCUCCAAAAAUGGUGGUUCAGUCCCACAGCAGUUAUGGCAUCGGAUUUGCAACUAGUAGCAGGUACUGGAUGAACUUGACUCCCUCAGAUAUAAUGUGGAAUACCUCUGAUACUGGCUGGGUAAAGGCAGCUUGGAGCAGCAUUUUUGCACCAUGGAUCAGUGGAUCUUGUGUUUUUGUUCACAAUAUGCCACAGUUUAAACCAACAGUCAUUGCAGAAACUCUCUCAAGAUACCCUAUCACUAUUUUCUGCACUGCCCCCACUGCCUACCGCAUGCUUAUCCAACAUGAUGUGAGCAGCUACAAAUUCAUGACUCUGAAACACUGUGUAUGUGGAGGAGAACCGCUCAAUCCUGAAGUGAUGGAGAAGUGGAAAAUCCAGACAGGGCUGGAUAUCUAUGAAGGCUAUGGCCAGACUGAAACAGUAACAAUAUGUGCCAAUAUGAAAGGAAUGAAAAUUAAACCUGGCUCUUUGGGAAAAGCUGUUCCACCUUAUGAUGUGCAGAUCAUAGAUGACCAUGGGGCUGUUCUGCCUAAAGGAGAAGAAGGCAACAUUGCUAUCCAAGUUCAACCGUCACGACCCUUCUGUAUGUUCACUGAGUACUUGGAUAAUCCAGAGAAAACUGCUGCCUGCAUGACUGGAAACUUCUAUGUCACUGGGGACAGAGGGAUUAUGGAUGAAGAAGGAUACGUCUGGUUUGUUGGAAGAUCUGAUGAUAUAAUUAAUUCUGCUGGGUACCGUAUUGGUCCAUUUGAAGUUGAAAGUGCAUUAAUACAACACCCAGCAGUCUCAGAGUCAGCUGUUGUCAGCAGUCCUGAUCCAAUUCGAGGGGAGGUAGUCAAAGCCUUUGUUGUUUUGUCUCCCGCUUUUGCAUCACACAACCCAGAAAAACUAACUCAUGAUCUUCAGCAACAUGUCAAAAAGGUGACUGCUCCUUACAAGUACCCCAGAAAGGUGGAGUUUGUUCAGUCUCUGCCAAAGACAGCUACAGGGAAAAUCCAGAGAAAGGUUCUAAGAAACAAAGAGUGGGGAAAAGCAUAACUUUAUCUGAAAAUGGAGGAGAGAAAAUUUCCAUCAUCCAUGUCAGCCAAGGCACAGUGUUUGGACUUGGCACCUUAUCAUGAACCAGAGCACCAAGAGAAUGCAUGGAAGAACAAGCUGCGGGAGGCAAAAAUGGAGGCACCACUCAUAUAACUUGGGGAUGUGUGAUAUAAGCACCACUUCUACAAUCAACCCACAAUUAUUCAGAUGGGAAAAGGCACAAAUAAUUAAAAAUGUGGUAUGAGAGAGAAGAGAGUGAUCCAAGACUGCAUGGAAGUUUAAUUUUUUUUACUGCAAUUAAUAUAAACAUCAGAUUCCUUUAAAAAAAUAAAGGACCACAGCAAUUUUGACAAUUACAAAUAAAUGAGAAAUUAAUAAAAAUAAUCUCUGCCCUGUAAUGAGUACAAGCAGUGAUGAAAUGAUAUUCACUCUUUAAAUAUUCUCCCUAUUCCCAAACUCUUUCUGUUUGGAAGGAGAAGGACAUAUUGUGUGACUAUCUCUCACUCUGAUGAACUUGUGAUCUUCCCAGAUGGUUAGAAUGGAAGAAAAGAAUAUACAAAGUUCUUUAGGCUAAGGUGCAAAUUGAUUGACAAUGGUGUAAAUGAUUACAAGGAGAAAGGUUACUCUAGAAAUUAUUACACUGCCUGGUCAGUUUUGUUCUAUGUUCUGCUCUGAUUACUUUGAAAAAAGCAACUGGUAAAGGGCCAUCACUCCAAGUGCUUCUUAAUUAGCACGUCUGAGCUGCACAUCUCCAGCCAGUCUUCCCAAAGUGCCUUUUGGGAAGCGUGUCUUGCAAGCUGAAUGAACCAGUGAAGAGGAUCGACUGCAGGCAGCUCAACCCAUCCACGCUGCCCAGAGCAAACAGGUUGGUGAAACAUGUUGUUCGAGUUCUAACGACGCGACACCAAGGAGAAGCAAUUGGUACUAAUCAGGAAAAAUGAUUUCUGAUUCCAGCAGCAAUUCAAAAUACUUUCUCAUUACUGUAUCCUUCUGUCAAUUUUCUUUUGUUUUCAAAACUUAAUGUAAAUUCUGGCAGACCACCAGGGAAUCCUCCAAUUAAAGUCUCUUUCACUUUGUCA